AUGGCUUCCAAAGAAGAUGGACAGAGUUCUAAAGAAAAGUCUUCUCAUAAGGCUUCACACUCUCAUACAACUGGACCUUCAAUUGAGACACACUCGUCAUCACCUAAAAUUGAAAUGGCUGCAUCCAACUAUACUGCACUUCUCAACACUCAGGACCAACCCAAAGAAGUCGGUGUUAUAGUUGAAUAUCUACAAAAAUUCCCAUUGGCAUAUGCACUUCUUUCUACUUCUCCAACUCCACAAUCUCUUAUCUCCAAAGUCUUUCAAUCAGCAGUCAUCGCCACAAGAGCAAGGUCCAAACAACUUGAUGUUGAAUUUAAUCUGUUUCAAGCUACCUUGGUUCUAACUAAAGAAGAGUUCGCAGUCAGUUUAGGUCUAAGCGAUAUUCCUCCUAAACCUCAGACAUUGGUCACACCAACUUCUUCUCAAUUGUUGACAAUGUUCAAGGAAAUUGGAUAUAAAUUUGUAGACAAAAACGAACCAUGCCUUUCAAGAAUUCAGAAAUCUUGUCUUCCCACACCAUGGCACUUUCUCAGUUCCGUCCUCACUAGAUGUCUCUUUGGAUCAGUUGGUGGACGCAGUAAAGGUAAAACAGACCUUUGGAUUCUAAUGUACGGGCUCUUCUACGACAUCAAUGUUGACUACGCGUCUAUUCUUUGGGAAGAUUUCCUCAAUUCUCUCCCUGCCUCAAAGAAUAAGUUUUUGAUUCAUAAUCCUCGCUGGUGGUCUAUCAUUAUUUAUGAUGGCAUCAAUAAUAGUAAUCUUGCACCAGGAUGGAUUCCAGAAGGCCCACAACCACAUUUCCUGUAUGAAAAUAGUGCUUCUCUAUGCUCAUAUCAAAAGUACAUCCAGGGAAUCAUUUCGCCUCCCAAAAAGAAGAGGAAGCCUUCUGAUCAUGCAUCCAAGAAGUCGGAAAAGAAGAAAAAGAAAUCCAAAUCAAAUCAACCGCCCCCUAUCCCAUCUCCAGUCGUCUCUGAUGAUAAUGAUGGAGCAGAUUUAGAGGAACCAACAUCUCUUCCUAAAUCUGCUCCAGUUUCACCAGCACGUGUUCAGUCGGCUCUAGAAAGUCCAAUAUAUCGUGUCUCCUUGGGUUAA